AUGACAGUGUCGGCCCGCGCCUUCUGGCUGCUCCGCGGCCGCCUGGGCCGAGUGUCGGCGUUGGGCCGGAGCGCGGCGUCGCUCUUGGCGGCGCCGGGAACGGCCGGGCGCGCGUUCCGGGGCUUUCGGAGCAGCGACUUGAGACAUGACGCAAUUAUUAUCUCGGGAACUGAAAUGGCCAAACAAAUCCAGAAAGAAAUACAGCGAGGUGUGGAAUCUUGGAUUUCUCUUGGGAAUGGAAGACCUCACCUCAGUAUCAUUUUAGUGGGUGAUAACCCAGCAAGCCACACAUACGUCAGGAAGAAGAUCAAAGCUGCUGCUGCCGUAGGUAUCUGUAGUGAGAUCAUUAUAAAACCUAAGGAUGUUUCUCAGGAAGAACUUUUGGAUAUAACCAAUCAAUUGAACAUGGACCCAAGAGUCAGUGGUAUAUUAGUUCAGUUGCCACUGCCAGACCAUGUGAAUGAGCGGACAGUAUGCAAUGGAAUUGCCCCGGAAAAAGACGUAGAUGGAUUUCAUAUUAUUAACAUUGGAAGACUAUGCCUGGAUCAGCAUUCUCUCAUACCUGCCACUGCUAGUGCUGUUUGGGAAAUAAUCAAACGAACAGGAAUUGAAACAUUUGGAAAAAAUGUGGUUGUGGCUGGAAGAUCCAAGAAUGCAGGGAUGCCCAUCGCCAUGCUCUUACACACUGAUGGAGAGCACGAACGGCCAGGAGGUGAUGCAACUGUGACAAUAGCUCACAGAUAUACUCCCAAAGAACAACUGAAGAUCCAUACACUGCUGGCAGAUGUUAUCGUAGUAGCUGCAGGUAUUCCAAAGUUGAUUACAUCUGAUAUGGUUAAAGAAGGUGCUGCUGUAAUUGAUGUGGGUAUCAACUAUGUCCAUGACCCAAUGACAGGAAAGACAAAAUUAGUUGGAGACGUGGACUUUGAAGCUGUUAAGAAGAAGGCUAGCUUUAUCACUCCAGUUCCAGGAGGCGUGGGACCCAUGACAGUGGCAAUGCUUCUCAAGAACACCCUUCUGGCAGCUAAAAAAAUCAUUUACUAG